GGACAACGCUGUUUCAACGUUCUCUCUCUAGAGUCCACACACCAAUGUUUUUGGUCCGGCGAGCUCGUUCUUCAUUCUUUCUGCAUCAGAUCGAUAAUGGCGGAUCACUAGAGCUCCACCUCCAAGCUCGAUUUCAGCUCGCUUUCGCUUCUCGCUUCCUCGUGAUCCCCUCAUUCCCGCCACCUGUUUUGUGUUUGACGUUUUGAUGCUCGUCUCAUUCGUAUGGUCGAUUGUCUGUUCUCUGCUUCGUGAUCUCGGUGCCUGUACUUUCUGUUUUACUUCAGUAGACGAUAUGGAUGGAUCUCACUUCGUGGGUUCUAGAUUGAGUUCUCCCUCUUUUAGCAGCUCCCAUUCUUCUGUAUAAUGCACUCUCUGUAGUUGUCUUCUUUUUUUUCUCGAACAGCAUCAUUGAUCGGGGUUUUAAGUAGAAAUGGCUUUAGCUCGGUUCGGUCGCCAAGCCAAAAAGCCUUACGGUCUAUGUGUAAAGAUGACGGCAGUGGCCGUUCUAGGGCUGUGUUUCAUAUUCAUAUGGUCCAUGUUCUCGUCGUCUUCCUCUUCCGUGACCACUCGGAGAGAGAGCUUCGACGACAUAAACGAGCCCAUGCCUGAUGCGGGGGCUGGUAGCAAGUCCGGGACUCAAUCGGAGAAGAUAGAGCCGAAAAGGGAGGAAAGUAAAGAGGACGAUAACGUGAAAACCACGUCUAAUUUGGAAAAUAGGGACCAUAAGGUAGUGGACGACAAGCAUCCUUCGUCUAAUGAUGUUCACGGAUCACAAGAGAGAAAUGGAAAGCAGGUGGUUAACAAAAGGAAGGAGAAGGCUGAUUCGAAGUCACCCAAGGGAAAGAGGAAAGAGGAACAGGCGGUUGAUGUAUCUGAGGAUGGAGAGUUACAGGAUGAGAAGGAUGAUGAGAAUGGAGAAGAAGAAGAAGAAGAAGAAGAAGAACUAGUGAUGGAUGGCAAGGAAGAUCAAGAAGGUGUAAAUCAAGAAGGUGAGUCCAGUGAAGAAACAGAAGCAGGUGCAGAUGUUGUUGAAUCAGCGGAUCAGGAUGCUAUGGAGAAAGUGGAAGAAGAGAAUGGUGGGUCAAAAAGUAUGGGGAAGAAGAGGAAGAUUAAGGGUCCUGUAUUUGAUCCGAAAGCACACUAUAGUUGGAAAUUAUGUAGCACGAGAAGCAAGCAUAAUUACCUUCCUUGUAUCGAUAAUGAGGGUGGUUUGGGAAGGCUCCAGAGUUAUCGGCAUACGGAGAGAAGCUGCCCAAGAGUGCCUCCAGUGUGUUUAGUUCCUCUUCCUCGUGGGGGUUACGAGACUCCAGUCAGGUGGUCUGAGAGCAAAUUGAAGAUAUUCCACAAGAACGUGGCACAUCCAAAACUUGCUGAAUUCAUAAAGAAACACAAUUGGGUGAAAGAAUCAGGAGAAUAUCUUAUCUUUCAUUCAAACCAGUCUGAAUUCAGAGGGGGUGUUCUUCACUACCUUGAAUUUAUUGAAGAGAUGGUACCGGAUAUUGAAUGGGGAAAGAACAUACGUGUUGUAUUGGACACUGGAUGCACCGAUUCAAGCUUUGUUGCUUCUCUACUUGACAAGGACGUGAUGGUUUUAUCCCUAGGCUUGAAAGAUGACCUUGUAGAUUUAGCUCAAGUUGCUCUGGAACGUGGUUUUCCUGCAGUAGUUAGCCCUUUUGGAACUAGAAGGCUUCCUUUUCCUAGUAUGGUUUUUGAUGCUAUACACUGUGGAAGCUGCAGUAUACCAUGGCAUCAUAAUGGGGGCAAGCUUCUACUGGAGAUGAACAGGAUUUUGAGGCCCAAUGGGUAUUUUAUUUUGUCGAGUCAGCAUGAGAGUGUCGAAGAAGAAGAAGCCAUGUCCUCAUUGACCGCAUCUAUCUGUUGGAAUAUACUGGCUCAUAAAACUGAUGAAGACAGUGAAGUGGGUGUCAAGAUAUAUCAGAAGCCUGAGUCAAAUGAUAUAUAUGAUUUGAGAAGGAAGAAAAAUCCUCCUCUGUGCAAAGAAAAUGAAAAUCCAGAUGCUGUCUGGUAUGUUCCUAUUAAAACUUGCUUGCACACCAUUCCAGCUGCAAUUGAACAACGUGGAACAGAAUGGCCUGAAGAGUGGCCCAAGAGGCUUGAAACUUUUCCUGACUGGAUGACUAAUAAGGAUGGACUGGUUGCUGACACUAACCACUGGAAAGCUAUUGUUGAGAAGUCUUAUCUCACAGGAAUGGGCAUAGACUGGUCCAAUGUCCGGAAUGUAAUGGACAUGAAAGCGAUUUAUGGAGGAUUUGCAGCAGCUCUCUCCCAGCAAAAGGUGUGGGUGAUGAAUGUGGUCCCUGUGCACGCUCCAGAUACACUACCUUUUAUAUAUGAACGGGGUCUUGUUGGUACUUAUCAUGAUUGGUGUGAGUCAUUCGGUACUUAUCCAAGAUCAUAUGAUCUUUUGCAUGUUGAUCAUCUCUUCUCAAGGCUUAAAAACAGGUGUAAGCAGCCGGUGGCUAUUGUUGUUGAGAUGGAUCGAGUCUUGAGGCCUGGAGGUUGGGCGAUUAUACGUGACAAGGUUGAGAUACUUGAUCCGCUGGAAGGUAUAUUGAAAAGCCUGCACUGGGAGAUUCGGAUGACUUUCGCUCAGGAUAAGGAGGGUAUCAUCUGUGCGCAGAAAACCACAUGGCGACCAUGAGGGCACGAUUGAACACUCAACAUUCACUUUAGGACAGUAGAAACACAGAUUGCACCAUACCAUAAAUCCCUGACCAUACUCUUCAUGACAAAGAUCGCUAUCGAAAGCGAAUUUUGCUCCCACUGUAUAGAAGAGAAAAGCCAUGCUCCUGCGAUUUGUCACGGCGUGGCAUCACUUCUUCUUGUUAACACGAUCUCAUGCAUAUGUUUCCAUAUUUGGUUUUGUUUUCCUUUUGGGUCUCGCAUCUUCUUCUGGAUUUUCAUGGUAAUGAUAAUUGAGUUCACUGCCAUUGACCGUAUAUUAGAAAAACUCCAGGAGAUCCUUACCUGGA